AUGAUUACAAAAAUGGGCUGGGAUGCAAACCAAAUAAGGAGAUAUAUAAUGGAGGAUGCAGCAAUUAAACGUAUUCAUCCACAACAAUUUGAUGUUGCACAUUUUAAAAGAGCGGUUAUUGAAGCACACAAUCGCUAUAGAAGAUUACAUGGGACUAAUGAUUUAUCACAAGAUGGGGCUUGCGAAAUUGCUGCCAAACGAUGGGCUGACUCCGUUUCGAGACAAUCUGCUUGUCUAACACAUGAACCUCAACAAAGAUUUGGUGAAAGUCUAUUCUUCUACUCAACAUUACAACCUUUAAUUUCUGACCCCGAAACAAUGGCUGAAGCAACUGUUAGAACAUUUUAUAUAGAAGGAAGGGAUUAUAGACGUUCAGCUCGUUGGGUUGCUUCAAGACACGGACAUUUUACCCAAAUGCUUUGGAGGGACACAAAUCGAAUUGGAAUUGGUGUUUCAAUAAUUCCUCAGCCUGCAGGAUGGGGUUGUAUGCCUCCUGGAAGAGGACAAGCCUGGAUAUUUUAUGUUGUUUUGAGGUAUGAUCCUCCAGGAAAUAGAGUAAUUAGUGAAAGAAGUUUUGAUGAAAACGUUUUGCCGGUAGAAAAUAAGGAUAUACAAGCUGUGCAGUGUUUAGCCACAUAA